UUCCUCGCGGCCUGGUGGAGUGUUUUAUGACAUGGGAAAGAAAACGUAAUGUUACCAACUACUCAUUCCUCUUUUACUUCAUUUUAGAACCCGCUACAUUGAAGCGGGGAGCGGAGACGGUGGACGGACGUUGAUACAGUGAACGUCCGCCUCGGGUUUCCACGGGGAAGCUUAGCGAGCGGCCGUGUCGUCUCGUAAACAUUUCUCCGGGACUGCGAUGCUAAUGUCCGCUAGCUGCUAAUGUUAGCCAACCUAAAAAUCGAAUGACGAUGGUGCAGUACGCCCGAAAUGUUUGUGUCGUUGUUCACAACAGUACACAACUUUUCACGGCCUGGCAGACCCACAUAGAGGUUAUGGACGGAGUUUUGCUGUGGUGUAGCUCGGCUAAUUGUUGCCAGAGGGUGAAAUCUUUGGACUAGAACCCAUCGAGAACAAGGGAAUAAGAAGAAAAUACCAGUUUCAAUGGCCUAUACCAGCUACAGCAACCUGAGCAGGGCUCAGCUCACCUUUGAGUACCUGCACACUAAUUCGACAACCCAUGAAUUCUUAUUUGGAGCCCUGGCAGAACUUGUGGACAAUUCAAGAGAUGCCAACGCCACACGAAUUGACAUUUACACAGAGAAACGGCCAGAGCUGCGUGGGGGCUACAUGCUCUGUUUUCUAGACGAUGGGAUUGGGAUGGACCCAAAUGAGGCAACUCAUGUGAUUCAGUUUGGAAAGUCAAACAAACGGUCCUCUGAAUCCUCCCAGAUCGGACAGUAUGGAAAUGGGCUGAAAUCCGGUUCGAUGCGUAUUGGAAAAGACUUUAUCUUGUUCACAAAGAAGGAGAACACACUGACCUGCCUUUUCCUGUCACGGACCUUUCAUGAAGAGGAGGGUCUUGAUGAGGUGAUCGUGCCUCUGCCUUCCUGGGAUCUAAAGACCAAGGAGCCACUGACGUCUGAUCCAGAGAAAUACGCCAUCGAGACAGAACUGAUCUUCAAAUACUCUCCGUUUAAAAACGAACAGCAGCUGAUGGAGCAGUUCAACAAAAUAGAAAGCUCCACUGGCACCCUCGUGAUCGUCUACAACCUGAAGCUGAUGGACAGCAGAGAGCCAGAGCUGGACGUGGAGACUGAUCACCAGGACAUUCUGAUGGCUGGGACGUCUGCUGAGGGAGUGAAGCCGGAGAGGAGGUCAUUCAGGGCCUACGCUGCUGUUCUGUACAUCGAUCCACGCAUGAGAAUUUUUAUCCAGGGACACAAAGUCAGAACAAAGAGACUUUCCUGCUGUCUUUAUAAACCAAGGAUUUACAAAUAUUCAUCGAAUCGCUUUAAAACCCGUGCUGAGCAGGAGGUUAAGAAAGCAGAUCACCUUGCAAAGCUUGCUGAGGAGAAGGCCAGAGAGGCAGAGAGCAAACGCCUGGCGUUGGAGGCCAGAUUAGGAGAUGACCUGUCCAAAGACUCACGGGCAGUCUUGCGGAAAGUUCAGGAUUCAGCCAUGAUGCUACGACGAGAUGCUGAAAUGAAAAAAAGAAACCUGGAACUCAAACAGAAAGCCUUAAAGGAGCCCAAAGAGUUGAACUUCAUAUUUGGAGUGAACAUUGACCAGAGGGACCUGGAUGGGAUGUUUGUGUACAACUGCUCCCGUCUCAUUAAGAUGUAUGAGAAGACGGGGCCUCAGCUGGAGGGAGGCAUGGCGUGCGGCGGUGUCGUCGGAGUUGUAGAUGUCCCAUAUUUAGUCCUUGAACCCACACACAACAAACAAGACUUUGCAGAUGCUAAAGAGUAUCGACAUUUAUUAAAAUCCAUGGGAGACUAUUUAGCUCAGUACUGGAAGGACACCAACAUUGCUCAGAAAGGCAUAGUGAAGUUCUGGGAUGAGUUUGGAUAUCUGUCAGCCAGCUGGAAUGCACCUCCGUCAUCAGAUCUGAGAUACAAGAGACGUCGUGCCAUGGAGAUACCGCUGACGAUUCAGUGCGACAAAUGUUUAAAGUGGAGAACACUUCCUUUCCAAAUGGACGCAGUGGACAAACGCUACCCGGACAGCUGGGUGUGUCUGAUGAACCCUGACAGCACCCAGGACAGGUGUGACGCACCUGAGCAGAAGCAGAACUUGCCUUGUGGCGUUUUGAAGAAAGACAAGCCAUCAGCUGAAGACAAGCAGAAAGAGCUCGCGGAGAAAAUCAAACAGCAGCAGGAGAAACUGGAAGCUUUGCAGAAAACCAACACCAUCAAGUCUGCAGCAGAUGUUAAGAAACUGCCACUGGAGGUCAGCAUGAAGCCCACUGAGGGCUCCUCUCAGGCCACGAGAUCCUCAGACAGGAGCACAGGCCGCCCCCGUUCCCCGCCGCUCCCCGCUCACCUGAAAAACGCCGCAAGCGUCCCUUCGGCGCGUGCGGCCGCGCAGCGGCCCCCCCGGACGUCGGGCCCCCCGCCUUCUGCGCCAAAGGAGCCAUCCAGGUCUCGAGCGGCAGCAGCAGCAGCAGCAGCAAAGCCUCCUCCACCCGCAGCAAGACCUUCACCCAAAGCUGUUGCCAAGGCGCCUCCGCCCGGACGCAGCCCCCGGGCGUCCACCAAAGCACCAGCAAGCAAACCACCCGUUGGAAAGCGCAAGAGAAUCGUAGAGCAGGAGGACAGUGAGGAGGAAGAGGAGGAGGAGGAGGAGGAGGAACAAGACGAGGAGGAACAGGACAGUGAUGAGAGCGAAGAAGAACCACAGACCAAGAAAUCCAAAAUGGCCGCUGCGGCCGGUAGCCGUGGUAAAGUGGGGGAAAAAGCUCCUCCUCCAAAACGUGGCAAAAUAGAAGAGGUUAGCAGGUCACAGUCUCAGCUUCAGAAGAGAGUUUCUGCUCCAUCACGGCAGAGUGCAACCACACCGAGCUCUGCUCUUAAAUCCAAAACCACUACAGAGCAUGAGGCUAAACCGAAGGCGUCUGAGAAAACCUCACAACAAGAACCGGAGAACGACACUAAAAAUGCUCAGAAAGAUAAGGGCUUGUUGGUUGAAGUACGUGUCAAUAAGGAGUGGUACACGGGUAAAGUCGUGGCCGUGGAGGCAAACAAGCAGAGCAUCCGCUGGAAAGUGAAAUUUGACUACGUACCUCGAGCUACUCCUAAAGACCGAUGGGUGUUUAAGGGCAGCGAUGAGGUCCGGUUGAUGCGGCCCCCGUCUCCAAUCUGUCAGACCCCGGACACGCAGCAGGAGACUGAGAAGGGCCCGGCGCCCAUGGAGCCAGACACCACGCAACCCGGGACCAGCCGCGAGGUGACCGACAGCCUGGUCACCAUGCUGAGGACAAUGCUGCGAUAUUUCUUCCCUCCUGCUUUUCGGAUUCCAAAAGACGACGUUAACAGCAUGACAGCAGAGGAGCUGGUGGCUUUUCCUUUGAAAGAGUAUUUCCAGCAGUAUGAAUCAGGCCUGCAGUCGCUGUGUAACUCGUACCAGAGCAGAGCUGAUGCCAGAGCCAAAGCUGUGGAGGAGAAGAGCAACAACACUGAGGUGAAACUGAGAGAAGCCGAUGAGAAACUGCAGAAGCUCCGAACAAACAUUGUGGCUCUUCUGCAGAAAGUACAAGAGGAUAUUGACAUUAACACCGAUGAUGAACUUGAUGCAUACAUAGAAGAUCUCCUCACCAAGGGGGAUUAGAAAGAAAAAAGAAAAGACAAGAAAAUAUGGACAUUAUCCGGACUGGCAGAUGGCUGAUUGUUUGAGGAUAUUUUCAUGUUGAAUCUUUCUCUUGGUGAAUCAAACCGAUCUAAGUUCAAUAUUUGUUUAUCUGUUUUGUUUAUUCUGUGGUUUUUCAUUUUAAACCAUUUUAUAUAUGUGAAAGAUAAGCGUUAAGCCAUGUAAGCCACUCUCUGUACUGUUCGACUUUUAGAAUGGUUUCUAUAGUUUUGUUUAGUACCAAUAAUAAGUUUCAUGGUUUUGACUGGGUUAAAAAGCUGUUCUCUUUCUUUUUCUUUUCUUUUUUUUCCUCAUUAAGUGAGACAAAUGCACACAAAGUGGCUCAAGAUCUGCAGCCUGAACUUAACUUUUAUUUUUCUACACUAAAAUCACAUUAUUCCAUCCUGGGCAGCAGAUCGAGUUGUCAAUUUACAGUUCAGUGUUUUGCCUCACUCACAAACAGUAACGGCUUACUGGGUUUUAUCAGUAUAAAUAUUCCCUUAAAACUUCUCUGCAUCUAAGCAAUGACUGUUUUGUGUUGUUUUGGGGGGGAAAAAAAUCAGUAGAAGGCCAAUUUGUGUGUGAUAAAAAGUAUUCGGUGCCUGUGUCCUUUGUUUUCGAACAAAUUUUUAACAUGUCAUGGAAAUGUUUUAUUAAACAUUGCAUGCUUUCAACCUUUUGUUCUAAUGGGACAAUUUAUUCUGUAUUUUUGACAAACAUUUACGUAAAACAAUAAACCAGGUUCAGAAACA